AGCGGUGUUGUGUUGCCACGGCCGGUUGAAAACGGUCGGACAACAACCAAAGGACAAGUUGUCCCACCUGCGCGAUGUUGUUGCUAAAAACGAGCGAUUCUUUAUUUAAAUUCCCGACGAUGUGGUUCGCCAGGAGAUUUCUGUCGUCGGUCGUUCAAAGAAGUCAGUAUACAGGACAGUCCGGGCUGUUCCGCCGCCCUCAGCACUGCCCCCCCUCUGAGCUGGAGCUGCGGUACCUCCAGUGCACAUGUUGCUGGCGGAGCCGGGUUCCCGUGGCGGGCUUCGAGACCCUGGAGGCCUCCUUCAUCUCCCCCCCUGCGCCCUGCAAAGAGGAGAGCGGUCCGCUGGAUGCGUGCUACACCGCCGAGCAGCGACACUUAAUCCUCCAGCUGCUCAACACCGGCACACAGUCGGAGCUGGCCGACGUGAAGCUGCUGAGAGGACGCAGGUCGCGCAACAUUGUGGAGUACAGGGACAAAAAUGGCCCCUUUGAGACUCUAGAAAGUGUGGUGAACGUACCGCGGCUGAAGCACAAAAGUGCCGUCACGGCCUUCAACUUCAUUCUCAACCCGGUUAAGAGGGAGAAGAAAAGUAAAGUUAAGUUGAAGAUGGCCAGGUUUAUCAAGCCAGAGAUUGAUAAGUCCUGGUUGAAGGAUGCCAGUUCCAUUGUGUCACUAAUAUGUGGGAUUAAUAAAAUUGCCUGGACUCAUGUCGACCGUAGCAUGACACUUCUGGCUUGGGAACAGAAGGAAUGUCCAAAUUUCUUGAAGGGAACAUACAUGGCCACUACUUACUUGCAAGAUGUGUCUGAAGUUGUGGCUCUCCUCCCAUCCGCUGAUUUCUACAUAAUAGAGAAAUUGUCCCUCUCACACCAGAAUAAGUCACUGUUCCCUAUCAUGGCCCACAUGAGGGCUGUGGAGGCCAUGCUGUUCGCUCUGCUUGAGCCACGAAACGCCGAGAUGUCCAACACACCUCCCAGAGUCUUGAAUAUGAUGCGUACUGCUGUGGGACAGCACUUUGGACUCAUGGUGGGCGAUUCGCGGGUCAGUGGGGCAGGUGUGGUCCAACGGUUGAUGACUGAGUCGGUGACACAGAAGUGUCCCAGGAUAAACCUCCCCCAAGAACUGCUGCUGAAGUACAGGAAUUCUUUCCAAAUGGGGAGCAGGAAUGGAGGGGAGGAACUCUGCGGCGCCCUGCUUCAGGCCGUGGCUUUUUACGAAUUGCUUCGUGAAUGUUCCGAAUAGCCACCACACGCAGCGAUUUCAGGCCCCGAACCAUGCUCUACAUCCACUAAAACAAAUCUCCCAUAUCAGUACCCAGACAAGUGUUUCACAAACAUAAUUUACAAAAAUAUAUUUUUUUAUUUACAUUUUACGGUUGCACAUAAAUAAAAACGGACUUCUCAUCUCA